CUGUCCCCUUCUGCUCUGACAGUAAAGAACAACUCCUCAGAAGCAACCUAAAAUACAACACACAGUUUUACUAUGUGGAAGAAUGCGAUGGCGGCUGCUCAUGCUCUUGUCUAUGCUUUGGUCUGGAUCGUGACAACGACAAAUGGAAAAAUUCCUGACGUGUUUGUCUCCUGUCGGUUUUCUGAGGACUGCCUGCUGCCCUGUGCAUUCAAGCCUGCGGCGGAGGAGGUGAUUGGCUGGACCAGACAAGAAGUCAUGGUGCACAGCUUUGCGCAGGGCAGAGACCAGCUGGACCAGCAGCACACACACUUCACAGGCAGGACAGCCCUGUUCACAGACCAGAUCGCCCACGGUAACGCCUCCCUUUUGCUGAAGCUGUGCAACACCCAGGAUCGGGGGCGGUACCACUGCCACGUUGCCACCACCCGGGGGAACCAGGAGUCCUUCGUCAUCGCCAAGGUGGAGGCUCCUGUCCAGUCCCUGACCCUGGAGAUGACCCGACUGAGUGGGCACGAGGAGCUAAAGUGUUCGUCCCGGGAUGUCUACCCAGCCCCCCACGUGUCUUGGUAUACAGUCCCCCCAGAGCCUCUGGACACCCUAAAGCCCAUCACACGAAAGAUGGCCAACAAGAACGGCCUGUAUUCCGUAGAGAGCAAGCUGAGGAAGCUCCCGAGGAAAGACUCAAGUACUUACACAUAUUUCUGCACUGUCAACUCCUCCUAUGAUACACAGACCUGGAGGGCCUCACUGCAGGAGAGAGAACUGAGCAGUGAGGAAGGGGGUGAGCUGACCAUCCCCUGCCUAUCCCCGAUGGCCCUCCACAACUUCACCCUCACCUGGACCUUCACCAGUGCAGACGAGUCCAAGGACAUUCUCACCUUCAACAGCCAGACCGAGUUGACCUCCAACCAGUGGGCUGGGCAGGCCCAAGUGGACCAUGACCUUAUCCUGUCAGGAGAUGGAUCACUCCGCCUCCAGAAUCCGCAGAAUGCAGAACACACAGGGACUUACACCUGCACUUUCUCCAAUGGUCGAAGCCACCACAUGGUGCACAUCUGGGUCAACAUAACCGCCACAGCAGUUGAGAGACUGCAGGCAGAGGGGUCCUCCUGGCUGUGGGUGUUUGCUGUUUUACUGGCUGCAUUGGCUGUCCUCGUCACUGUGCUGAUACUGUGCCGGAGAAAGAAAGCUGACCGAUCACCAGCGAGUAAAUCAGCUGAAGUAGCCACAGAGAUGCAUGCAAUGUCGACAGAUGAAAGAGAAAAUGGAAUCCAGUCAGAAAAUAGUAAUCAAACUGAUUAAGAUGAAAGAAAAAAUGAAACUGAUUAUUGCAAUGUGGUGUUCCCUACAAAAGAGCUAUGAAAGGUUAUAAUGCUCUACACCCCUCUUGGAUCACUUUAACUUUUACACAAUCAGAACCCGGGUCAGGAUCAGAACCCGGCAUCCUGAUCUAAGACCAGCUAUUGGGAGCAGGAUGCACAUCAACUGGUUUUUGAAGAUGGACUGAUGGAAUAUAGUUUUUUCAGGGGUGGGGGUGUGGAAAAACACCAAACAAUAAUUGCUGCUACAUCUCAUUUGACAUGAGUGGGGCAGUCACAGAUGUUCUUUCAUCUGAUUUUGAUGAUGCCAUGUGCAUUGGACCAGGAUAAGUGUUUUUGGGAGGUGGAAGUGUGAACAGUGAAGAUGAGGAGGCGGCCGAGGAGGAGGUCAUUGUCCAUCCUGCUUAUUUACAGGGAAUUCUGCUUCAGAUCUCCACCGAUCUGUGUCCCACACUGCCCCACCCUACACUCAACUGACCCCAAUAAUCUGAUCUUGUUGAUUGAACUGUAUAAUGGCCUAUUGGCAUCUCAGCCUUCAUUUUGAUGUAAACCUCAAAGUUGCAGGUGCAUAACCUUGUGAAACGUGCUCAUAUCUAACUCGUAUCACACAGCUAAACUGUGAAUGAAGGUCAUUAGGAAUGUUUUUCUUCUGCAUUUGCACCUAUGUAAAGCAGUUUAACAUUGAAAUUACUUUGCAAACAAGACACAUAAUCAUAAUACUUAUUCAAAAACAUUGCUGUUUUUACUUUGUCAUUUUGGGUUUUUUAAAUAUGCCUUCAACAAGUAAAUUCCUUAUUUAUU